AUGGAGCAGGAGCAACGGGAAAGAGAAGAACAAAGACAUCGACAGGCCCACGAGGAGCGGCUCCGGGCGGAGGCCGAAGCGCACUUGAACGAAGGCGCCAGGUAUUUGGCAAAACUCCGACCCUACCCCUCCAGCAGGACCGAUGAUAAGUUGGAACUGCCACCGUCUGCACUGGAGGAGCUGGAACGUCAGGGUGUCCUGGAGAAGGGUGCCUUGCUGACCUUUGCUGUUUCCUUGACCACCCGCACCGGGGAAGGUGGCUCGACGCACGCCGGAGUGGCGGAAUUCACUGCAGAGGAAGGCACUGUGGGUGUGCCACCGCGCGUGGCCCUGUGCCUUACCAAGGGCUCCGGCCUCGACACCCUGGAUGGUGUGGGACAAGUGGAAAUCCGCUACGUGAAGUUGCCGCGCUGUCGCAAGAGUAAGGUGAAGUUCCAGCCCCGGGGCGAGGGCUUUCACGCGGGUGGCAUGAAGGUUGUCUCGUUGGACUUGGAACAUGUGUUGCUGGAGACCUUGAGAGGUCACACUGCGCUGACCCAGGGCGAUUGGCUUCCAAUUCGACAUCAGGGACAGACCUACGAACUUAUGGUCCGUGAGCUGGAGCCUGAAACGGAGCUGUCGUUGAUCGACACCGACCUGACGGUGGAGAUUCUGCCAAGCGAGCAGACGGAGGCGGAGCUGCGCGCGGAAGAAGAACGGCUUCAGCGGGAGGAGGCCAAAAGACAAGCAGCGCUGGACAAAGAGGAGCAGCGUUUGCAACGUUGCCGACUGAAAGCCCAACAGCUUCAGCCCGAGCCGGACGCUGGGGCGACCGUUUGUUCGUUGCUGGUGCGUCUCCCCAGCGGCGGCCGCUUGCAGCGCCGCUUUCAGCGGACCUGGCUGCUGCAGGAGGUGUUGACCUGGAUCGAGUCGGAGCCCGAAGCGAACGCGGAGAGUGACUUUCGUGUGGUUCAGAAAUGGCCCGGGCAUUGUCGAGAGCUGGGUCCAGCAGAGGCCAACGAGACCUUAAGCGCUCUGAACUUUGCACGGCAAGAGGCACUUUUCCUUCAGACACUGGCGAGCCAGACCGAGGAGGAGGCGCCUGAAGAAGAGAAAGCUCCGCAGGUGGAAUCGGGUGGCUCAAAGCUUUCAAGACCAGGUCGCAGUGGGCAAUGGGCCGAGGCGGAGGACCGGGCCCACGCCAUGCUGGACCGUCGUCUGGAGGGAGAGGAAGUCCCCGACACCUCGGCCGAGCCCGACUUACCCGAAGUGCGAGGAGCCGACCUCGUGCCCGUCUUCGAACGUUUGGUGGCGUUGGGCAUGGCGCCGCCCAAGGCGGCGGCCGCGUCCAAACGCUACGCCGCGCAGUUGAAGGAACUGGGCGAGAUGGGCUUCGAGGAUUGGGUCAAGGCGGUGGAACUGCUGGAACGGUACAACGGCCGUUUGUUGCGAGUCGCCAACGCGCUUAGUGAGGAAGCCAUGCUGCCGCAGGAAGAGAUGCCACCACCUCCCCCUGCUCCUCCAUCUCCGCCACGGGCUGCGGUGGCGGUUGCGGCGGUUGCUGCACCAGUUGCUGCACCGGCGCCGGCGGCCAUCGACAAGGAACGGGUGACGGCGAAGUUCAAAGAACUCGUCGCCAGCGGCCUCGAUCCUAACGAGGCUGCGACACAGGCCAUUCAAAGAGUGCGACAGGAGAUGGCCGAAGCGGAGCCGGCUCCUCCGGCUCCUCCGGCUCCUCCCGCGCCAGCGACUGGCGCCUUGGAGGAGAAGCUUCGCGAGCUCAUCUCCAUGGGCUUUGCCGACGAGGAGCGCAAUCGCGCCCUGCUGGCCAAGUACGCCGGGCGGAUGGAUCGCGUGGUCGAGGCCUUAUGUGGAAGUUGA